AACGAUCCGUGUCAAAAAGCUAAAAAACCCAGUAUCGCGGGAUUAGGUUGGCGCCAUAACACUAAGAAAACAAGUUUCGUUUCCCUCUCAAUUUCCUCCCUUUUCUUCUCCACCGAGUCUCUCCAACAUUUCUCAUCGAAAACGAAAAGUUUUCACAGAGAUUUUUCUAUCUUAAGAGACCGAGCAAAGGAAGAGAAAUGGCUGGACCAUCGACGACUUCAAACGCACCAAAGCAGAGGAAGAGAGUCGAAGCCGAAACUAGCACCAACGCCUCUACUACCUUACGUCGCGCUAAAGAUGGAAGCGCUUUCGCUCUCUGUGAAGGAUGUAACAAGAGUGUAGCUGUAGCACUUAUAAGCAUGCACAAUUGCAGUCUCGAUGCUAAGAUCAGAGUCAAUCUCGAAGCUCAAGUUGUUGAGACACAAGCAGAGGCUAAGAAGAAACCUGCAGAGAAGAAGAAGACAACAGCUGAUGGACCUAAGCCAAAGAGACUUAAGAAAACCAAUGAUGAGAAGAAGAGCUCUUCUACUUCAAACAAGCCUAAGCGACCUCUUACCGCUUUCUUUAUCUUCAUGAAUGAUUUCCGUAAAACUUUUAAAACAGAGCAUAAUGGUUCAUUAGCUAAGGAUGCUGCAAAGAUCGGUGGUGAGAAGUGGAAGUCUUUGACUGAGGAAGAGAAGAAAGUUUAUCUGGAUAAAGCUGCUGAACUAAAGGCAGAAUAUAACAAGUCACUGGAAAGCAAUGAUGCUGAUGAGGAAGAGGAGGAUGAAGAGAAGCAAUCUGAUGAUGUUGAUGAUGCUGAGGAGAAACAAGCUGAUGAUGUUGAUGAAGCUGAGGAGAAAGAAGUUGAGAAAACAGAUGAUGACAACAAAGAAGCUGAAGGUAAAGAAGAGGAGGAAGAAGAGAUUUUGGAUGACUACUAGAGAUGUUAUGCUUGCUCUUGGGGGUCUAGUCUUAUUGAAAUGGAUUUAUCUCUAAUCGUUUUGAUGCAUUGUAAAUGAAGCCUUUUAGUAUCGUGAAAGUAGUUUAUCUGAAGGUAAGUUGUGAGCAAGUGGGUUUUUUGUAGUUCACUGAAAUGGUAAUUUCUUUUGUUUAAACAAGUAAUGAAGCUUAUGUUUUUCG